AAUUAGGUAUGAAUAGGCACGGCCUUCCUACAAAGACCGCACAAAACCACGUAGUGCUUCGCGAAUAUGCAAAAGUAGAUACUUUUUGUCACUAGAUUGCUGUGUGUUUUAUGUUCAUCGUGAAAAUUUCCCUUUCAUUUUGCCUGUCAGGUUCCCGUCAAGAUAUUUUAAUGUUUUUAGUAAAAAGGAAAUAAACAACUCGAGAACUGAGUGAGGAUAUAUUUGAUAUGCAUCCGAAGACCUAAAUGUCUCUGGAUUGGUUUUAUCUAUUCACUGUCGGAAUAAUGAUGUUAUUCACUUUAAGAGUCAAUGCGAAUGGUAGCACAAGUACCCUUCCACCUUGCGGUCAGUAUGGAUUUCGGUGUUUUGACAGUAAAACCUUCCAAAUUUGUGCUAUCAACGAAGAUCCUGAGGACGCUAAUCAAGAAGUUCAUGAAUGCCGUGAAGGACUCAUAUGUGAUGAAGACAACCCAGCUUACUGUACACCUAUAGAUCCCAUGUUUACUACCCACAAAAUAGCGUGUCCUGGAAGGAUUGCCAGGGAAUCGCAGUACGUUAUGUAUGAUGAAUUUGAUGAGGGAUCAAAGAUGAAUGGUCGAAACAAUCGUGACAAUGAUAAUAAUUGUGGUUGCGUUGACGAGAUUGUAGCCACGACCUCGACAACCACGGAAAUACCAACUACCGGGCCUUAUGUCCAGCCUGAAUUCGACUGUGAAGGAUAUGGGUUCUUUCCAGACUUCACCAAUCAAACACUUUUCUGGUUUUGUGAUGUCCCUGCUAGCGGCGAAGGUUACUACAUCCGUCACAUGAUAUGUGGUAAUGAGCGAAUAUUCGACCCCGUCCAUCGAGCCUGUGUCCUCAUUGGAACGACGAGAAGCACCCGAAUUGGCGAAGAACGAAAACGAAAGAAACAAGUGGAUCCAGAGUCUCUAGCUCGACCUAAAAAAUUCAGUUGUUGCGGUAAAGUUCCCGGACGAUAUGCGGAUGAAGACAAUUGUCGCCUCUACCACUAUUGCCUUAGUAAGGAGUUUGCACCUGUUGAGCAGCUUACCCUCCUAUGUCCUUAUGGGACUGCGUAUGACCCAACAACAAAUAAAUGUUCAUGCUAUGCCACUUAUCGGUGUCUGGAUAGACGACGAGCGGAACGUAACCAGAAUGCUUUGGAUGAGGAAAGUCUGAAGGAUUAUCCAGAGGAAUUCCAGGAGGUCCAGGCAGCUGAGAGGAGACAACGCGAGGGUAGAAACAUCAACUGUCAAACCCCAAUGCGGUUUCGCGACCUCAAUUAUUGUGAUGGAUAUUUUUUGUGUUUUGGUGAUGAAGUUAUCGAAAUGGAGUGUCCUGAAUUCUAUAAGUUUGAUGAUAACUUGCUUGAGUGCUUACCUGAGAAAAUUGCAAGAUGUCAAUGACAUAUUUAUUUUUAUUGUUAAGUUUUUGAGAUAUAUUUUAAAGAAUUUUAUUGUGAUUGAACUUAUACAGUGGUCUAUAUUGCCUAUGAACGUUAUAAAAAAGUUUUUAAGAGAAAACCGAAUUCUUUCGUUCUUUCGAUGGAUC